AUGGAUGUUGAAGUGAGGCAGUAUCAUCUUUCUCCCACAUACCAUAUCCCCAAUUCGCCCAGACCUCUCCUACACUACAAGAAUGUUCUAGCCAAGCGACCCGACAGCGGCCAAUGUGACCCAGGCGAGGUUUGGGAUAUGUUCACCAAGAAUGAAUGGAAUGUCCACUGGAUAUUCCGUUACGGCCCAACACAACUAUCUCACUACCAUUCCAAGGCGCACGAGUGUAUGGCCGUCCUUUCUGGUACUGCCAGUAUACGGUUUGGUGUUGCUGAUAUGUCGCCAGAUAUGCAGCAGAAUACACACGGUUACGCUUGGGAGGAAGGUGGUCUGGUACUAGAGGCCGAAGCCGGCGACGUUUUUAUCAUUCCAGCUGGCGUAGCUCACAAAACACAUGAUACCAAACCUGAAGCCGAGUUCGCGCUCUUGUCACCGGGAAAGGGACAUGGGAUUGAGGACGAGGACCCAAAGAAAGCGUUAUCUGGGAUCAAGCUGGAUGGGUUUACCAUGAUGGGAGCUUACAACGGAGGUGACUGGGACUUUAUCGCGACUGGAGGCGACUUUGAACGAGUGUGGGCUGUUCCAAAACCAAAAUACGAUCCUGUCCUUGGACUGUCAGAUCAAGGGCUUUGCAAGACAUGGCGUGGAAGUGAUGCUGUGCCCAAGGCCCAUCUCUAA